CUCGCCUCUAUGCGAUUCGAUUCGCUCCUCCCCUCAGCGCCGAGGCGGAGCGGGGCGGCGGCGGCGGGCGGGCGAUCGGGCGGGCUCAGCGCGCCCCCAUGGCCCUGGCGCCGGGUCAGCGGGCACGGUAGCAGCCUCUGGCUGUCGCCGCGGGUGACUCACAGCUGCCCGGGCAGGGUGGGCUGGAGAUGCGCCUCUCCGCCGGGCUCCGGGCAGCCGUGGGAGACUGACUGAGCCACAAAGAAGUUUCCCCGGCGGCGCGGCGCUCUCCCAUGCACGCCUCCGGCCGCCGGUCCUGGAGCGCUGCUCGGCAGGCGCCCGGCGCCGACCCCGCCAUGGAGCCCCGCGCGGGGCUGCACCGCAGCCCGGAGCUCAGCCGGGCCAAGCGGCUCACCGUGGGGGAGCUCUGCUCCCUCUUCGAGGCUCGCUGCGCCGCCGUCGCCGCCGCCGCCGCUCGUCAGCUGCCCGACCGGCCGAAGAGGGGCUGCCGACCCCCGAACGGGGUUCUGCCGCCCGUCAUCCCCCGGCUCACGGUCACCGCCGAGGAGAGCGAGGAGGCGCAGGGCAGCCCUCAGGCGCGGCCGCCGCGGCCGGAGGGCGGCGGGCUGAGGACGGGCAGCUCGCUGCACCUGCAGUCCCGCCGGCUGUCCAACUCCUCGAUCUCCUCCACCGGCUCCUCGUCCCUCCUGGAGGACUCGGAGGACGACGUGCUGAGCGACACGGAGUGUAGGAGCCAGGGCAUCGUGCACUUGGAGCACGGCGAGGACACCAGCCAGUCUCCUGUGUCAGAUGCUCAAAAAAAAAAUUUACCAGGCAUUUCCCAGCAGAAAAAGGCAUGGCAUACAAUUAAAACCAUGGUUAACUUACCAGUCAUCAGCCCCUUCAAGAAACGCUACUCAUGGGUGCAGCUGGCUGGGCAUACAGGGAAUUUCAAGGCAGCUGAUAGUGGGAAGAUUCUCAAACGCUUCUCAGAGAAUGAAAAGGAGUGUUUUGAGCGAUUGAUGAAAGACCCACUACGCUCCUGUGUCCCUUGCUUCCAUGGCGUGGUGGAGAGAGAUGGCGAGAGCUACAUCCAGCUGGAUGACUUGCUCACUGAUUUUGAAGGGCCAAGUGUGAUGGACUGCAAGAUGGGGAUCAGAACAUACCUGGAGGAAGAGUUGACUAAGGCACGAGAGAAACCAAAGCUGCGUAAGGACAUGUACAAGAAAAUGAUUGAAGUGGAUCCUCUUGCUCCCACGGCUGAAGAGAAUGCCCAGCAUGCUGUCACCAAACCCCGGUACAUGCAGUGGAGAGAAACCAUCAGCUCUAGUGCCAACCUGGGCUUCAGGAUUGAAGGAAUUAAGAAGGCGGAUGGAACAUGUAACACAAACUUCAAAACGACAAAGACACAGGAGCAAGUUCUACAGGUUUUUGCGGAAUUCAUUGAGGGCAACACAACUAUUCUGAAAAAAUACCUCAAACGUCUGCAGGAAAUUAAUGUCAUUCUGGAAUCCUCAGACUUCUUCAAGCGACAUGAGGUUGUAGGAAGUUCACUACUUUUUGUACAUGAUGGCAGUGGGAAUGCCAAUGUGUGGCUGAUCGAUUUUGGAAAGACCACCCUUCUUCCUGACGGGCAGACACUGGAUCACAGGAUCCCCUGGCAAGAAGGCAACAGGGAGGAUGGGUACUUGUUGGGAUUGGACAAUUUGAUUGGCAUCUUGGAAAGCAUCACUGAAAGAUGAGUUGGGAAAGGCACAAAACUUUCAGGGCUUCUCUGUAACUUUCUGCUUUACUGAAGUAGAAGGAAACUCAGUUAGAAGGAAACCUUUAACUCCAAACUCCUGAGGUUGUCAGUGCAGAGGGAGCUGCAUCUAGAACCCAGCAGUCAGUGAUCAAAGUUACUUUGCAUCAGCCCUCUAUGAACUUAAAUGAAUCACUCCAGAUUGGUCUGUAUUGCACCAGAUGAACUUGAGACUGGUCCUCAGAGAAUGAAGAUAUCCAUACUCGGGAAUCACACCAGCAUGAGUCAAGAGGUCUGUGUGGUAAGCCAGAAUGAUUAUGAUUUCUGGCAAAAUGGGACUCCAAAUUACUUCUUAGAGAACCAGGACAAAUGCUUGGGAACUCAGGGCAGGAAAAACGAUUUUUCAGGGAACUGCAUAGUUUUGAAACCAGAUUGUGUUUUUUCCUCUCUAAUUCCAAGUCCUCUUGCUCUUGUGUACGCCAUAGGUUGGACCAACAACUUCUGCUACAUUAUGUUACAGAGUGAGCAAGGUGCAAAUGGGUGAUAAUCACAAGAAACUGCGAGCAAAGAGAGACAGCAGUUUAUAGUGGCUUGAUGUGGCUAACUGCUGUUGACCAUUUCUCCCCUUCCCUACCCUAGCCUUGCCUCUGUCCAAGAAAGGCCUUGUCUUUUUCUGUAGCCGCUCAGGAGAUUACAAAUACUCUAGGGAGAGAAUAGCAGCCUAUUGUCUCCAAAAACAUUUGACUUUCCAGCUGGGUGGCUGUUGGAUAUGUUGCUAAGUUGGAGAGUCAGGCCUCUUGCAGCUGAACUGCAACUCUGAAAAUCACUAAUGGUCUUUCACAAACUAGUCAGGGAACUAAGUUGGUUUUUUUUCCCAAGGCUUGUUUAUUUUUGGAGAUAAAGCCCCUAUACACAUGCACACACUAGCAGUCAGCAACCACUGUGAUCUCUUAAGAUCAUGAUAUGACUGUAAAUGUGACUUCUUGGCCAUGUGCCUCUUCUCAAAUAUGAUGCUGCCACUUACAUGUAUAAAGUGGCACAGCAAUCAGGGAGGUCGUGUUUCUGCAUUCACAGCAUUACAUAAUGGUGAGAUAAUUCCCAGGCAUCCUUCCUCCAAGGUAUCAGCUGUUAACUCCAUGUAGUUUGGGUGAAGGAAUGUCAAUAUAGUCCCCAUCUGGAAUCACAGGGUGAUCUGUGCCUCAUUAUUUUGCUGUGACCCAAGCACAGCCACAGAAAACUCAGUUUCUAGGUUAAAACCAAGAAAGAUUGAAUUGUUUUCUUGCAAUGACUUCACAUACCUUCUCUGUUGGUUGCCUCUAGUCACUGGAACAAUCUUUUACAUACUGGCAAUAUAAACACUAUCAUUAGUCACAUGUUGACUCACAUGCCAGGUUUUAACGUGAAAAAUGUGGUAAUGUAGUUUUCACAAUGCAGGUAAGAGUUACGUUACCAGUUGAUGGUUAAAGCCCUUUCAAUAUGUAGAGGUAGUAGUGCACAUUGAUCAGAAAUUCCUGUCUUUAGUUGGUUUCCUGUGCUCAGGAAAGAGUCUGAGAACUUUGGAUGAAGGUGACUGCACUUCUGGGAAACUGCUGUUUCAAUAAUAGUUGAAAUCAUAAGCAAAAAAACCAAAACCCUAUAGAGUCCAGAUCUGGAAUGAAAUCUGCAAUAUUUGUAGUUAAAGUUGGACAGCCUUAAAUAAUUUCUAAAAGGAGUUACUUUGGGUAACACACUAAAGUGUGUUGCAUACUAAAAGAUCAGUCAGAGUUAAUUACUUUUUCAUAAACUCUAAACAAAACAGGAGUAUUGAAAAUUGAAGCUCAAUUGUGACGUAAAAGUUAGAUGACAUAGAGUAGGUAUUCUGUAGGAAGUAAUGACAUAUGGAAAUAUUUCAUCUUAAACCAAAAGUUGUCUGAAACUGGUAAUUAUUUUUGCAGUUCACUGCAAAUUCAGACAACUUCUGUGACCUCCCAGAGUUUCUCUGUUUUAUAUUUAUGGUAGUAUGUUAAUGAAUUUUUCACUUAGUUUCAGAGUGUUUACAUUAGGUUUUUUUUUGAAGUGACAGAACAGAUGAAAUCAUUCCAGAUGCCUCCUAACUUUUGAACUGCUGUGAGAUGACAAAUGAAUCUGUAGUGAAUUCCAUACAGUUAAAAAAAAAGAAGUAUUUCUCCUUUUCUGCAGCCAGCAAGUAAGCCAUGGAUAGCAGUGCCUAAGGAGAAUAGCAAUGCCUAAGGACAAUAGCAUGUAAAUAGGUCUCACAGGCAGGAAAUUCAAUGACAUUGCCUUUUUUAUGAGACUGCAAUUGCAAGCUGUCCUACCAUAACUAAAAAGAAUUAUUAAAGUUAGAAAUAAGAUAAAGACAGAAUUCAAUUAGUGGUUUGCCUGAUUAAUCUUCAGAGUUAAAUUUCUUUCUUCUGUUACCAGAUAUGUGGAUCUUUUGCACCAAUGUAACCUAUUUUCUGGAGGGGAGAUCUAAACAGUAGAGAUAGGUGCUCAAAUGUCAGUUGAGAGUUUAAGACAAACUUUUAGAAUGACUGUUCAGUUUCAAAGGAUAACUGGAACAAUGUGUUAUGAGUAGCUUCAAAGAAAACAACUCCUGGUAGCACCUGGCUGGUUUUGCAGUACAUGGUCCUGGGAAAAAACAUGGAGAAGGUUCGUUCCACUGCAGUAGCUGGAAAGGUCGGGGAAAAAGGAAAAUCUCCUCUAUAGCAGACACUGAUCUGGAAACUCAUUCUAGAUGAUGUAAGUUCUAGGAAGUUAGUUUUGAAAUGGAUCUUUGUCUUGCUAGGGGAUUAGAAAGAAAGAAAUCACAAUCAUCUGUUGCUGUUAUGGGGAAGGAGAGAAAGGAGGCAGCUUUUCAUAGCAAACUGCAAGUGUAGGACUUCAGCUGAGCACUGGAGCUCUAAGGAGCUGAGGCUGUGAGCUCAGGAGCAAACUGCCCAGGGUAAGUUGUAGGUUCCUUGUUUCUCAUUGGGUGGCCCAGGGCGCCUGUCUAUGGACACUCGCUAGUGUGAGGAAGCAGCAUGGCCUUCUUUCACUAUGGGGUGAGUUGUGUUGAAUAAGCUUAUAUUUACCAGAGGGUCAACAUGGUGCACGUGCACAGGCGUGUAACACACGGGGAGCUGAUGCAUGGUAACCAAGGAAUUUGUUCACAUGCAGGUCCAGAAUGUUGUUCAUUAAUGCAUCUGCUGAGAUAGUGCCUCACUCUGGAGACAAUGAGUACAUGUGAUUCCACAGCAGGGUCAGAGGUGCUAGCCUAGAGGCACUUUGGUGCUGAACAGAUGACCUCUGACUUAGGCUCCAAGGUCCUUAAACUCACUAGUUAGAUGCAGCAGUGCUGUAGCUGCUGCAUUCCUGUGUGAAUCAAGAAGUAGGACUAGGACUUCUCUGCCUCAACUUCAUAAUUGACUUGUUUUUUUUUUUUUGGCCUUGGACAACUCUCCUAGGCAUUGUUUUGUUCUAAUUUUACAGAUGGGAAUAGACCUACUUAUCUUGUGGUAGUGGUGUGAGACUCUCCUUCAUUAGUGCCUGCAAGCUGCUGUGAGAUUCUUUGGAGGAAGGUGCAAUAUAGAAAAAAUUCAUAGAGAUAGAUCAAAUAAGUUUAAAAAUUAUGGAUGUUGAGGCCCCACAGAGAUAUAAAUUUGGCUGAAAUUUAACCAAAGUGGUAAAACCUAAAUCCCUCUAAAUUUUGUACAGAGAGGUAUCACUUAAUGUCGGAUCCAGUUCCUGUUAAAGGGAAAGAUUUCAAUGUAUCUCAGAGGGCUUUUGCUACUUUUUUAUUGCUGUUGUUAUUAUUUGUUAUUCUUAAGGUACUGAGAUCAAAUGGCCUGUAUCAUCCACAUGCAUCCGUUUUGAACACUACAAUGCAAUGCUGACAUUGACUGUAUUGGAUGAGUGUUUGUUACUCUGAAGUGUGUAUGCUACUAAAUAAAUCAGACUGGAGGAAAAAAA